AUGUCCUCCGCUAGGUUCGACUCCUCGGACCGCUCGGCCUGGUACAUGGGGCCCGUGUCUCGCCAGGAGGCGCAGACCCGGCUCCAGGGCCAGCGCCACGGCGUGUUCCUCGUCCGCGACUCGUCCACCUGCCCCGGGGACUACGUGCUGUCCGUGUCCGAGAACUCGCGGGUGUCCCACUACAUCAUCAACUCGCUGCCCAACCGCCGCUUCAAGAUCGGGGACCAGGAGUUCGACCACCUGCCGGCCCUGCUGGAGUUCUACAAGAUCCACUACCUGGACACCACCACGCUCAUCGAGCCGGCGCCCAGGUACCCCAGCCCGCCGGCGGGCUCUGCGUCCGCACCCGGCCUGCCUGCAGCGGAGGAGAGCCUGGAGUACGUGCGGACUCUGUACGACUUCCCCGGGAACGACGCCGAGGACCUGCCCUUCAGGAAGGGCGAGAUCCUGGUGAUCGUGGAGAAGCCGGAGGAGCAGUGGUGGAGCGCCCGCAACAAGGACGGCCGCGCGGGCAUGAUCCCCGUUCCCUACGUGGAGAAGCUUGCGCGCGCCUCGGCCCAGGGCCGGCCCGGGGGCAGGAAUUCCAGCAGCUACGGCGUCCCCGAGCCCGCCCACGCCUACGCGCAGCCGCAGACCAUGGCGCCCCCGCCGGCCGCUGGCGCCCCCGGGGCCACCGUCAGCCCCCUGCCGUCCACGCAGAACGGACCUGUCUUUGCGAAAGCAAUUCAGAAACGCGUGCCCUGUGCUUACGACAAGACCGCCCUGGCCCUGGAGGUGGGCGACAUCGUGAAGGUCACGAGGAUGAACAUCAACGGCCAGUGGGAGGGCGAGGUGAAUGGGCGCAAGGGGCUUUUCCCCUUCACGCAUGUCAAGAUCAUCGACCCCCAGAACCCGGACGAGAGCGAGUGACCGCCCCACCCCGCGCCUGCUGCUCGUCCCGCCCGUCUGUCUCCUCCCGCUGGGGUAGCCCCCUCUGGGCAGGCCCGCGCCCGGCUUUGUAGCGGCGGCCCCGCCUGGGCGUGCUCGGGGCCGCCUGCAUUGUAUCAUAGUCGUGUUGUCACGGAGUAGCUGAUUGUAGAGUCGUUGGAUCACAAACUGGAAACACUGGUGGAGGGAAGGCGCCCCUGCGUGGACACGCAGAGCGCGGGGCCCGUGCCCGGGGACAGCAGGGUGCGGGCCCUUCCGGAGGGGGCGUUGCCCCAGACUCUCCACUCUGGCUUCUGGUUUUUCUUUCUUUCUCCCCUCUGGUUUGGUUUGGUUUUGGAAGGCUUCGUUAAUUAGACCUGUUUGUUCUGAAGAGGUGUUUAAGUAGCAGGUUGGGUUCUGUGAUGAGAUCAGGGAUGAGCUGCUGUCACCGCGGGAGCGCAGGGGACGGAGCCCCAAGGCCAGCUCGUCCUGUCUGGAGUCGACCGAGCAGCCCCCCAGCAGCCCUGCAUUUCCCCGCUGUGUGCACAGCCUCCUGGGCGACGUCGUAGAGGUGUCAGAGCUGGGGCUCACCCUGUCUGCCAGCAGUGGAGGAGCGGCCUUUCCGUGACGGCGUCCCCGGAAAGUGUGGCCCCGGUUUUCUCAGCAGUUGUUGAAUUCACUCCCGAGUCUCCUGCCCGCUCACCGAGCCCAGCUCUGCCUGGCCUCACGCUCGCCCGGCCGCCCCCCACACG